GGAGGUGAGGGGAUAUUUUUGGAGGGAAGAGUUUCUGAGUUUGUGAUCCGGGAGUGGGGGGAGGGCGAGAGGACACCGAAAGUUCCUCCUACAUCUGGGCUUUCGGCUUCAUUCAGACCUAGUAAAAGGCGCGGUCUCCUCCAGCCUUUGGGUGCCGCAUGGACCUUCCACCGCUCUCCUGUGCCUCGCGUCCGGUGGCCGGCCCCAUAGGUCCCGCCAGCUCCCUUUCUUCGCUUAGCUUCGCUUGCUUGUCUUUGUAUUUGUGACUGUUUUCCAGCCCGGUCUUUUAUUUUACUUAAUCUUGAAUUGGUCACUGUCGCCGGAUCUCUUGAUAGCUGGAGUCAGAUCGAGAAGUACCUGAAUGAAGAGUGAGGCUUUUGGAGAAGCAUUUUUGUAUCUGCUUAGAACUAUCACUUAAUGUGAAAGUCAAUCCUUUUCGAGUCAAUGGAACACCAGCUUGCACCUAUUCUUUCUGAAAUACCUCCAACAGGGCCAGUUAUCAAUGGAGAUCCCAUGUGCCAGGUGGAGAGUUUUCUUCUGGACCCCAAUGCCAUGGCAGUGUAUUCUAAUUAUUCACAGAUUAUGACUCAGCCCAAGAUGUAUAACAACUGGACUUGUCCCCAAUACUGGUCUCAAAUUGUAUUCAUUCAAGUUAACCCUGGAGAAAUCCUUACCAUAAAGGCUGAUGACGGGUCCAUUCAGAACAUUCAAGGACCUGCAGAUGUACCUCUGAUAGCACCAUCUGGUAAUCUGCCACCAAUAUACCUUCCCCCUGGUUACAUAUCUCAGGUUGUGGAAGAAAAUGGAAUUCAAAAAAUUAUCAUUGUACCUCAGACACUUGACUAUCACAUGCCCGUGACUGGGCCUGUGCAACACCCCUUUGUAGCAGCACCAUUGCUCACAUACCCACAGACCCCUCAACUGCUGUAUUCUCCAGUUCAAGGGGAAUUCCCAAUAUCUUCUUACAUCCAAGAACCACAGCAGAUCCCGUCACUUCCACUUCCACCACCACUGCCACUGCUACCACCAGCAGCAGCAUUUAUAUUCCAGGAACAUCUUGAAACCUAUCCUCAUGGAAGAGUGAAUCAUAACCUAUUUGAUGAAAGGACUGUAACGAUUGGAGAAUAUUCAAAGAAGAAAAUAAGGGAUCGCCAACUUGGUGAACACAAGAUUAGCUCCACUUUUAGUGACACCCCUUUGCUUCUGAACAAAGUCAUUGACAUAUCUGCUCCUUCUGGUACACUCUGUCCUUACACUGUGGAUACUGCUCCAAGCACUAACACUGAUACCAGUCCUCUGGACACUUACUCUCUGAAUACUGUCUUAAAGGCUUGCACUACUGACAGCACUCCAAGAAACAUGGCUGACAAUAUUCCAGACACUAACACUACUGACAGAAACACUAGUUCUGGUCAUUCCCCAAGCAAUUCUACCUCAAACGCAUUUUGCUCUGACAACAGUAAUGAUAUUACAAGCCCUUCCAUAAAUACUUAUGAUCUAGUCACCUCUGAUGAAACUCAUGAACCACCAGAUGCUAAGAGUAUUCCGAGCUAUACUUCUGAGAGUACUUGCAAUGCUCUCAUCACUGAAAAUGCUCAGACCUGCUCCUCGAAUAAAGAUGAUCUCAGACCAUCUGGUGCUGCCACCAUUUCCAACAACACCAGAGCAUAUACUGAAGACAAUCCUGGAGAGACAGAGACUAACAUGGGAGCUGGAGACAGUAAGCAGAUAUCAGAUGAAAACCAAAGGAAGAGGCACUCAUCAAAUGCAUCAGUGAGAGAACACAAUACAGAAUAUGGAACACAGCCAUGUUGCUCCAACAUUGAAAAACCUGUGGUUUCAAAUAUCCAAACACGAUCUGCAACUGUUUCAUGGGCUCUGAACAGUGCUGAAAAAUAUGAUAUUAAUUCUCCGAUGAAAUUUGAAUUGACACUGUCCAGCAGUGGUAAAAAUGGCAACUAUAAAAAUAUUUAUACUGGUGAUGGCGUUACUGUGGUCCUACAUGAUCUACAGCCUUGCACGGUCUACUUCUUAAGAGUUGCAAUCAUAAGAGAUGGAGAACACAGAAAUGUGUCUGAAGUGGUUAGCUUCACAACACCAGGCUGUGAACCAGACCCUCCUCUUGCACCCACACUGAUUAGCAGAACCAAGAACAGCCUGAACUUACAAUGGAAAGGUUGCAAUGAUAAUGGAUCCAAAAUAAGCAGCUUUCUAUUGGAAUGGGAUGAGGGCAUAGGUGAAGACUUCAAAAGCUGUUACACUGGGCCCCUGAAACAGCACAAGCUCUUUAAACUGAGCCCAUCGACAAAGUAUUCCUUCAGAUUGGCUGCCAAAAAUCACUUCGGCUGCAGUAAUUUCAGUGAAACAGCAGUCUUCUAUACGUCGGGAAACACGCCUUCAGCACCUCUGCCACCUAAGUUGAAAGAGGCAGGAGUCUACAGUUUGUCUCUAGAAUGGUGUGCCCCAACAAACCCAAACCCUAAUGAUACCCUUACUUAUGUGCUAGAGAUGGAGGAAGCAAAGUCUGGAUUAGGUUUUAAACCUAAAUACAAUGGAGAGGACCUCUCUUGCACUGUGAAAAAUCUUCAGAGAAAUACUACAUACAAGUUUCGGAUUUUUGCCUACAAUCUGGAAGGAAGGAGCAACCCCAGUGGAGAAGUAAAAUAUACUACCCGUCCAGCUAGGCCUGGAUGCCCUAAUAAACCACACGUAGUGGGAACGAUCCAUGCCCGCCAAGUGACAAUUGGAUGGGACUUACCCAAAGAUAAUGGUGGAAUGAACAUUUCAAGUUACAGUUUAGAAGUUUGUGAAAAUUCCGAUGCUGGGAAUCUCUGGAAAAUAAUCUACAGUGGCACACUGCAGGAAUUCCUGUACGAUGACCUCCAACCAGGCACCACUUAUAAACUUAGGGUCUUUUGCACUUCACCUGCAGGCCAAAGCCGUCCUUCAGAUGUAUUGACAAUUCAGACACCUGCUCUUCCUCCUGAGUCUUGCAGUUCGCAGCCCUUACAUAGUAAAAGCAAGGGAAGGGAUGCCAACCUUCUUGACAAUCGUUCUGUUAAUGGGAAGUCUGAAGCACCUGUGCGAGGCAAAAAAGCAAAAGGUCCUCAUGACAAAAAGGAGUGUCCCAGCUCUGAAAAGACAUGUGCACUUGGAUCUCAGUCAAUGGAGUGUGGAUCUGUCCCAGCCCGGCACCCUCCUUCUCAGUGUGGUACACCUGUGCUAACCUGCAAGGGUCCAACCUGUGUUAUUGUCAGUUGGGAAAUCCCUAAGUGCAAUGGUGCUGAAAUCAUUGAUUACCGACUACAAUGGGGACAAGUUGAAGAGUCUAUGCAUUUGAUUUAUACUGGCCCUUGCUUGCGCUACGAAGUUAAAGGUCUUAUUCCUGCAACUACAUACUUUUGCAGAGUACAGGCUGUAAAUAUAGUUGGGGUUGGAAUGUUUGGAGGAACUGCAAAAGUGACAACACCUGGAACGGUACCAGCAAUGGUUCCAAUGUUACAAGAAGUUGAAAACAAAGUGCCUGCCAAGCAGUCAUCAACUUGCAUAGCUAUCCGGUGGGAGGAGCCGGACUGCCAUGGCUCUCAGAUCACUGGAUAUAACAUUGAAUAUGGAGAUAAAAAAAUCGUGACUGUCAAAAGGGUAACCGAGUAUGUUCUGAAAAAUCUACAACCUAAUACUACAUACCGAAUCAGAAUUCAAGCUAUCAAUCAUUAUGGACUAAGCCCUUUUAGCCCAUCAAUAAGAUGCAAAACCAAACCACUGCCACCAGAGCCUCCGCAGCUUAAUUGUGUGGUCUACGGACACCAGAGUCUCAGACUCAAAUGGGGCACAGUCUCCAGCAAAAAGUCACUUGCAAACUUUAUCAGCUACAACUUACUAAUGGAAGACCGAUCUGGCAGGUUUUCUGUCAUUUACCGUGGGACAGAUGUGACUCACAAAGUGCAAAAACUGACUGAAUAUACACAAUACAAGUUUAAAAUCCAGGCGUGUAAUGAAGCUGGGGAAGGACCAGAGUCUGACAUCUACACUUUCACUACAACCAAGUCCCCACCAACUGCACUUAAAGCACCCAAAGUUCAUCCACUGAAUAACAAUUGUUGUGAGAUCAAAUGGGAGACUUUGGAACCAAUUAAAGGUGACCCCAUUGUGUACUGUGUUCAAGUCACCACCGGAAAAAAGGCUCAUCAGAUUUACAAAGGACCGAACACUUCCUUUUCCUUUUCGAACUAUCAUGCAAAUUCACGCUACCGCUUCAAGGUCUGUGCAGGACGCCAAUAUGAAACCUCCAAUGGUCUCCAAGAGCUGUGGGGGCCAUAUAGCCCCAGUGCUCUGUUCUCGACCUAUAAGCAUCACUCAGGGCAUGGCAAAGGCAGUGGGGGUAAAGGAAAAGGCAACCACAGUGAGAAAGGGGAAAAGUGCAAGACAGAGAUGAGUGAUGAUACCUUCGUUCUUACCCUUUUGAUAGGUUUCGCACUUAUUGCUGUUUUGUGUGCUGUUGCUGUUCAGUAUUUCCUUAUCAAUUAGUGUAUUCUUUUAGGAAAAAAAGAAAGCAGAUUAUAUACAAUUUAGAAAGCCUUAGAUACAUCAUAAUGCUUAUGCUUAUAAUUAAUGCUUAUUGAUAGAAAGUAGAAACAGGGGGAAAAAAGCAAAACCCCUAUCUUCACUUUACAUGCUCUUAUACAGAAGAAAAGAGAUUUCUAAGGAAAAACCUACCAUGAAUUUUCAUUGUUCUGUCAACAACCAUUGCUUUGUUAUAUCAAAUUCAGUCAUUUGUGGAAACUUUCUAUCUUCUCUCUUCAAGUUAAUGUUUUCAAAAACUUUUAGGACUAUGAAAUAAGAACAGUAUUUUGGAAUUUCUUUAGAAUAAAAUGAGAAAAAUCACUUCUAUCUGUCCUGUUAAUGUACACAUGAAGUAAUAAAAAUGUAUCUACCAAA